CAUGGCAGUUUAAGACUUGCUGAACAAGUUCAGCUGAAAAAAAAAACACAUCUAAGCAAACACAUGUGUGGCAUGACGCAGGAAGUGGUGAUGAAACAACAAGAGGCAGAAAAGCAGAAGCUGUCUGGCACUGUAGAGACACACAGAAAGAAACGGCAUAAUUCCUUUGCGACAAUGAUGAGCAACAACAGCACAAACUCCUGUUCAACUGAAAAUGUUGACAAAAUGAUGCAAUAUGUAGAGCUGAUCAUCUACAUUCCUAUAUUCUGCAUUGGGAUAGUUUUAAAUCUGACGGCUCUGAUGGCGUUUUGCUUGUGCCUCCGAAAGUGGACUGAGACAACCAUCUUCAUGACUAGCUUGGCUCUAAUGGACCUCCUCCUUCUCUUACCUCUACCCUUCAAAAUGCACGCUGCAAAUUACAAGUGGUCGGGCGGAUCCCAGAUGUUCUGUUCCUUUCUGGAAAACCUUUUUUUUUUUGGCAUAUAUGGCAGCAUCUACAUGAUUAUGUGCAUAGCAAUUGAUAGGUGGCUGGCAAUAUGUUAUCCAUUCAAAGCCAAGCAGCUGCGCUCCCCCAGAGCAGCUUUCUUAGCCUCCCUGGGGAUCUGGAUUCUGACUUCUUCUGCAGUCUUUCCGGUCACCUACAACUUAAGGGAGAAUUAUACAGAGGACUUCCACUGCUUCCACAGGUUUUCAGAGAAAGGCUGGAGUCCAGUGGUGAUCAUUUGCUUGCAGGUGUUUGGUUUUCUGGGGCCUGCGCUCGUGGUGGUUAGCUGUUCGGUUCAUACCAUCUGCGUUCUUCAGGAGUCUGGCCAACGUAGCCCAAAAAGCCAGGCCUGCAUCAAGAUCAUCUACAGCAGCCUGGGGGCCUUCUUGGUGCCGUUCACGCCGAGCCAUCUGGCCAUCUUCCUGCAGUUUCUGGUUCACCAGAAGGUGAUUAAGGACUGCAACACCGAGCAAAGUAUGAGCUUGUUCAUACAGACGGCCAUGUGUUUGUCCAACAUCACCUGUUGCUUGGAUGCUUUUUGCUACUACUUUGUAGCUCACGAGGUGAGGAGCACCAAAAACAGCUUCAGGAUGAGAACACUGAGCCAAAGAAGAGGCAAUUCCAGCACUUCAGAGGUCUGAACAUUUAGCAAAAGGCUGAAGAUGUGACUUGGAUACGACAGAGUGGGGUCAUAUUCAUUGUUUUUUGGCAAGUUAGUAAAACAGACUGAGCAAGCAGCUCUUGCUUUUGAGAAAGUACAACAUGCAACUUAGAACAAUGGGAAAUGAACCAGGUCAGCGAACGAUGAUAAAUUUAACCACUGAGCUGGAGCAGCAAGCCAGGUGACGCAUUUUUAACCUCAAAGAGCACUGGUAACCAAAACAUAGGCGGCAAAAAGGAAACCUUCCACUACAGAUGGAGAAUUUGAAAGGUGCUUUUUAAGAUGGUUGAGAACCUUUAGCUUGCUGACUCCAUGAUAAGAAACUGACUUGUGGUAUGAUUCAUUUUAAAUCUGGCACAGUUGCAGAUCUUUGUUGCUUUGAUUCAGAACAUCAGGAGUCAAACAGAAAAAAAGAAGAGUUAAGUAAAGUGUUCCUUUAAAUAGAAGACCAAAAGAUCCCUGUUCUCAAAUAUUAAACAUUUCUAUUUUAUUCGACAUUUUUUUAAGGCUAUUGUUUGUUAUUUUAGCCCUUUCUGGACAAAUGAAUAUUAGACAAAGGGUGGCUGAUAAAGGCAUCUGUACACAUUCCAAUACCAACAAAUAAAUAACGUGAUCUUAGAAAGCAUUCAUGUAUUUCACAUUUAUUUGAAACAAGUUAGUUUUACUUGUUUUUAUUUUUAGAAUCUUUGUUUUGGCUUUUUUGUAUUUUACAAGUGGUUGAAGUCAAAUGACUUAUCUGUAGAACAAAUAACUGUGAAUCUGAGCCUUAAAUGAUAGAGUGUAGUUUAAGGAGUUACAGAUAUUCUGAUGUUUUUGACUUUUGAAAUAAAGUUCUGUUUGUGUUUAUAUAUGUUCAGUUAAUUACACAAACUGCUCCGAGUCAGAGAGUCAGAGUGGAAAACAUACUCAUGUUUUAUAUUACUGAAGUUCUUGAAGGGUAUUUUAUGUCACUGUCAUUUAAUUUUAAAUAAGCAAGAUUUGUAUAUCACUGUAACAAAACCAGUAUUGUCUUUCAAUUCAGCCGUACGGCGUUCUGCUCAGCAACUAUUAU